UGUGUCUACUGUAGCCAGGUUUAACUAAGCAGAGCCUCCAGUACCAUGAGGCGCAAGUUGGACCCUACGAAGAAGGAGAAGCAUGGCCCCGGCCGAAAGGCUCGAAAACAGAAGGGUGCGGAGACCGAACUGGUCAAAUUCUUGCCUGCAGCUGGCGAUGAGACUUUCAAGAGGCUGUCCAGUUGUGCUUGGAAGAGGGCAGCCAAGAGGAGGUUGGGGUCUGUUGAAGUCCCUAAGCCAAAUAAGUCUCCAGGGAUCAAAACGUCUCCUGGAGAGCUAUCAAAAGGAGCAGUCCAGGCUUGAGGUAAGAAGCGCCCAGCACCAAUUCCGAACAGUGACGGGGGCGAGGAAGAAGACUCUGAGGAAGAUGGUGUGGCGACAGGGGACCUUUGGGGCUCUGAGGACAGUGAUGCAGAUAUGGCGGAUGACUACGGAGCUGACUCUGACUCAGAGGAUGAAGAGGGAAAGUUGUUGCCCAUUGAGAGAGCUGCUCUGAAGCAGAAGGCCCGCAAAUCUGCAGCAGGGGGCCAGUGGAGCGAAGAAGAGACGGAUGAAGAGGAAGAUGAUGAAGUCUCCCUCAAGUCCCACCUCAAAAAGGAUGACAAAACAGAGGGGGAUUUGAAGAUCCAGGAUCUAGUGGGGAUGCUUCGGGAUUUUGGGACUCAGAGGGAAGGUCGGUCUCGUUCUGAGUAUCUGAGUCAGCUUCGGAAGGAUCUGGCUGCCUACUAUUCUUAUGGAGACUUCCUGCUCAGCAAGCUCAUGGAGCUCUUCCCUCUGUCUGAGUUGACAGAGUUCGUAGAAGCUAAUGAGGUGCCCUGGCCAGUCACCCUUCGGAUGAACACCUUGAAAACCCGACGCCGAGACCUCUCUCAGGCUCUAAUCAAUUGUGGAGUUAAUCUGGAUCCGUUGGGGACAUGGUCAAAAUCUGGACUCGUGGUGUAUGAUUCUUCCGUGCCUAUUGGCGCUACUCCCAAGUAACUGGCUGGCCACUAUAUGCUGCAGGGAGCAUCGAGCAUGUUGCCUGUCAUGGCCCUGGCACCUCAGGAACAUGAAUGGAUCUUGGACAUGUGCUGUACCCCUGGAGGGAAGACCAGCUACAUAGCUCAGCUGAUGAAGAACACAGGUGUGAUCCUUGCCAAUGAUGCCAACGCAGAGCGGCUCAAGAGUGUCGUGGGCAACCUGCAUUGGUUGGGAGUCACCAACACCAUUAUCAGCCACUAUGAUGGGCGCCAGUUCCCCAAGGUGGUGGGGGGCUUUGACCGAGUGCUACUGGACGCUCGCACAGGUGUCAUUUCCAAGGACCCUGCUGUGAAGAUGAAUAAGGAUGAGAAGGACGUCCUGCGCUGUGUCCACCUUCAGAAGGAACUGCUGCUCAGCACUAUUGACUCCGUCAACGCUGCCUCCAAGACGGGAGGCUACCUGGUCUACUGCACUUGCUCUGUCACGGUGGAGGAGAAUGAGUGGGUGGUAGACUAUGCCUUGAAAAAGAGGAACGUGCGGCUGGUGCCCACCGGCCUGGACUUCGGCCAGGAGGGCUUUACCCGCUUCCGAGAAAGGCGCUUUCACCCCACUCUGCGCUCCACCCGCCGCUUCUACCCGCACACCCACAACAUGGACGGUUUCUUUAUCGCCAAGUUCAAGAAAUUUUCCAAUUCUAUUCCCCAGCCCCACACAGGAAACUCAGCAGCAGCAGCUACCCCUACGGAGCCAGCGCUGGAGGAUCAGGUGACCCCAAAGUCUGAGAACAGUCGUCAGCCGUUCAAGAAAGCCAGUGGGGCUGCACAGGCAAAGCAGCAGGUGUCGAAACAGCAGCAUCCCAAGAUGGCUUUCCAGAAGAUGAACGGCACCUCCAAAGGGCCUGGCUCAGAACUGUCCACUGUGCCUUCUGUCCCAAAGGCCCAGGAUAGCAGUCAGCAUGAUGGAAGAGCUGAUGUGAGCAGGAAACCGAAGGUGGCUGGGAAGCUGAAACCACGGCGGCCUAAAUCCAAGCACUCCAAGGAAUCUCCUUUCCCAAAGCAGAAAGCCACUCCCAUGGCCAUGGACUCAGGAACAGCGGCUGCGCCCACUCUGUCUGAGAUUUCCACUGCCCCAAGUCUUAAGAACUGUGGUCAGUCCCCUGGGAAAGCCAAAAAGAAAGUAAGACCUGCCAAGAGAGCUGCUUCCCUGAAGGAGGAUGGUGCCCCCAAGGGACCCUCAGUCCUCACGGAGACUCCCCACAGUUCCACCAGGCCCCCGCCAGCAAAAAGAAGGAAGUCUGUGACAAAGGGCAGCACCCAGCCGCUGUUGGCUUAAGUGGACUUGGAAACUAGACUAUUG